UCUCACGCUGACGUGCGCAGGCUGCGCGGUCGCACUGCGCCCCAGCUCCCCCUCUCUCCCCGCGGCCUGGUCGGAGAUGAGUGGAAGAUGUCGGUGUCGGGGCUGAAGGCCGAACUGAAGUUUUUGGAGUCAAUCUUUGACCCAAACCACGAAAGAUUUAGAAUUAUAGACUGGAAGCCUGAUGAGCUUAGUUGCCAAUUUAACGUGACGGGGGAAAAGCUGUUGAUCAUCCACUGCAACAUCACGGAAUCCUACCCCUCUACUCCGCCGAUAUGGUUUGUGGACUCUGAUGACCCUAGUCUGGCUGAAGUUCUGGAGCGGCUGGAAGAUGUGAGGAAAGGCAGCACAUUGCUUCUUCAGCAGCUGAAGCGUCUCAUUUGUGAUCUCUGUCGGCUUUAUAACCUCCCCCAACAUCCCGAUGUAGAGAUGCUCGACCAGCCUCUUCCCGCUGGGCCCAUCAACCCCGAGCGAAAGAUCGGGCCAGCGGAUGAGGUGACAUCUGAGGAAGAGGAGGAGGAAGAGAUGGGAGAGGACAUCGAAGACCUCGAUCACUACGAGAUGAAGGAGGAGGAGCCGGUCGACGGCAAGAAGUCUGAGGACGACGGCAUCGAGAAGGAGAACCUGGCCAUCCUGGAGAAGAUCCGCAAGAACCAGAGGCAGGAUCACUUAAACGUAAGUGCUCAUUCGGGUGCAGUCUCUGGCUCGGUACAGGCCUCGGACCGCCUCAUGAAGGAACUCAGGGAAAUCUACAGAUCACAAAGUUACAAGACAGGUAUUUAUUCAGUGGAGCUAGUCAACGACAGCCUUUAUGAGUGGCAUGUCAAAAUAAGGACGGUAGACCCUGAUAGUCCCCUGCAUAGUGACUUGCAGGUCUUAAAGGAAAAGGAGGGGGUGGACUACAUCCUCCUCAAUUUCUCUUAUAAAGAUAACUUUCCCUUUGACCCCCCUUUCGUGCGGGUAGUGUCCCCUGUGCUCUCCGGUGGCUAUGUUUUAGGAGGAGGGGCCCUUUGCAUGGAACUUUUAACAAAACAGGGCUGGAGCAGUGCCUAUUCCAUAGAAUCUGUCAUCAUGCAGAUUAAUGCCACCCUUGUCAAAGGAAAAGCCAGGGUGCAGUUUGGAGCCAAUAAGAACCAGUACAAUCUUGCCAGAGCACAGCAGUCAUACAAAUCUCUUGUGCAGAUUCACGAAAAAAAUGGCUGGUACACACCUCCCAAAGAGGACGGAUAAGGACCUCGCACCACUAUGCACUGGGAACACGUGUCAGCAGGUCAAAAUAUCUUGCUUUUCUUUGGAAUAUCCCACCCCUGCUCCUUCUGACUCAUUGGGGAUAUAACAUUCUUCGCUUGGAACCAACUGGCAAAUAUUCCCCCAUCUCAUUGUCUCAAUAAACAAGUAUUACUCCCCCACCCUCUCCCCUUCCACCAUGGGACUGUGUACUCUGCCCCCCCGUCCCCCCCUGGGGGAGAUAUAACAUGAGGGACGCAUCAUGUUAGUCCCACUUCUGUCCUUGAUCGUUCGUCCUUCCAAAAAAAAACCCCGAAACCUUUUCAUUUCCCCAUUCUACUGCGGCGUGGAGAAGUGUUGGUUUGGUUCCUCUGCUUUCGACCUGGUGGGCGUGACAAACUGGCCGUUCGACUCGUGGCCAGGGGGGGUGUGGGGGCGUAACUCUGGACUCAGUGCUGACCCCAAAGAGAAGCAAUCUUUUUUAGUUGCAACACCCCAGACCUCUGCAGCCAUAGCAUGGGCUUCUGACCGAAUAUAAACAGGUUGAUUAUGGAAGAUCUUUAAAGAGACACGUCACCGCGCCACUUGUUUGUCACUAUCGAACCGCCCCUCCGCCCUCUUUUUUUUUGUGGAAAUUUGUAGUAAUGUAGGCUCUGCUUCAGAAGGAAGAUUUGGGUGAAUGGCCAAUAUGGUUUGCCCAGAUAAAUACAGCCAUUUUAUAACUAAUGGUUUAAGCUAUUUUUCGGACACAAAUGUUAUUGGGUCGAGUGAGGCCCUCAUGGUACCUAAGAGUACGGCAACUUGUGUUCACUAGAGCCGAAUGAAUGGACAUCCUGUUUCAUAAGAGCAUACAAAUAGGCUGGCUGUAGAUAAGGGUUUAGGACAGCAAAUGCUGUCUUUCUGGUGUCCUCCCUCAGACAAGUGGAGGGCUCAUCUCUCUAGAACUUACCCACCGUGCAGUGGGGUUUUAAUUCAAAUAAAUUCUAGUUCUUCAGAUGUUGGCCAUCUUUGAGUGAUAAAGAAGCCUAAAACAAAGAUAGAAGAAUCCGUCUCAUAUUUGUCCACCAGGGAGACCAACAGCGUAGGUUGGCGAUUCCAACGUUGACCUCUCCAAAGAUUCCAAGAGUAAUCCGGGAUGUGUUCGCCUAAUCCCGCCAACACAACACAAUGUUGAACUCUUAACAAUUCUGUAAAAAAAAAACGGUUGUAGUGGUUUGCCCGAUUUACGGUUUUAGCUCUUCUUGCUGUUGCAUUCUUACAUUCGAUUCUGUCCAAACCCAACCGCUCCGUAACCGCUCACUCUGGAUCCUGAUGUCGUGGGUCAUUUCAGCAGCAACGGCUUUAUUCAAACGAUUUUUUUUUUUUUUAUUGAGGACCAUGGCGUGACUUGACCAAGAGCGAGAAGAUCCUGUGGUCAGGAAGCUUGGCGUUUGGCUUGGCUUGGAGGCCGCCGGCGGGGAAUGGGUCAGCUCUCUCUCUUCCUCCCCCCCCCCCCCCCCCCCCCCGUUUGUUUUAAUUUGGACAUUCAGUUGAGGAUACCUUUUUAUUAAAUAUACACAACGUAAAAUCACAAGGGAAACAUGAGCUGGGUGUCCCCAAGGCGCUGUUUGGCUUUUCUCGGUGAGCGAUGGGAUGGAUCAUUGUGGCGUAACCAAGGCGAAUCGGCCCUGUACUAUCGAGUCUGACGUUAACCUCCUUCUCCCCAUGCAAUAUAACCCAAAAUGAGUAUGCUGGUUCUUCUAAAACGAGGGCAGAUACUGUAUCAAUUUAUGAACACUUGCAGUUAUUUAACACUGUCUGCAACAAUUUGUUUUAAAUGAUAACUCAGGUAAAUAAAACCAUGUUAUGGAGGGGUAAUAUGUGCAUAGAAAAUAAAAAGGUCUGAUCACAGUUCAUUUGAUGCAUAAGAUGAUGCUCUGUACCUUGUCUGAGUUAGACCUUUAUUUCCUCAAAGAAUUGACUGUCAGACCUUUAUAAUCUUAAUGUUAUGGGUUCCAUUUCACCCGAGGUUUCCUGUGGUGUGUUUCAUGCAUUGUAAAAAAUAAGAUAAGAUGGUGGGCAUUUGCAGAGCAUUUCUUCUUCUCUAUCAAGUGACCAAACAUUAGCGGGAUUGUAUAAGCAUAUAUGUAACCCAUGCUAUGGCUCAUUGAAAUCCACUGUAGUAUUUUCUUUUUCCUUUUUGUUUCUGUUUAUGGUUGUGUAUGGUUGCAUUUCAUAGUCUGGGAGGUCUUAAAUAUAAAUGAUCCUUUUGCUUUGGUAACCAGUUUGCACACAUGGUAAGGAUGUGCCUAUGGAAGUCAAUACAAUUUGUAGAGGCAGUGUAAUGAUUUGAAAAAUCUCCCCAGCUCCAUGUGCUAACAUCUAUUUGUUACAAGUCCGAUCACAAUAACAGUUUGCCAAAAUGCCAAAACGGGUUCAUGGGAAUAAUUAAAUGUCGUUCACUCUUCAUCCUCAUGCCACGAUGAAUAGAAUUGCACGCUUCUCUUUAACUGGACAGUGUAUUUGAAAUGGUUAAUCAUUCUCUUGUGAAUUCAUUUUUCGGGCACCAACGUAGGGACGAUGGACUGAGUUUGGCACUGUUGGCAUGCUUUGGUUUUUGUUUUAUUUUCAUUUUCCAUUAAAAUAAUUUUGACCAUGUACAGUAAUUUGUAAACUUGCAUCAAGUUUAUAAAUAAAGAAUUUUAAGAUUAA